UCGAAUCUUCUGUACGUCUGCUUGACCAAUUCACUCCGUUUUAAUGCGUGUACUACCUCGCUUCGCUUCCACAGUUCUUUUUGAGUGUUCAUCUGUUAAACCAGAGCUGUCAGUUGCUUGUAGCUGCUAAUAACUCGGAUCAAUGCGAACUGUUCCUUUUCAUGCAGCUCCCAUGAGCUUCACAUGUCGCACCCCUUAUAUAAAGACUACGGCUAAAAAAAACGCUCCAGAGUCCACCUUUAUCAGUGAUGUGCUUCUGCGUUUUCUUCUGCGGACUCGUCCCGUGUAUACACUCCGCCAGGGGGUCCCUUUGUGAGAAAUACAAGCUGGGGGAGGAACUCGGCCACGGCGCGUCUGGUGUAGCGCAAGUCUGCAUAGACAGGAUCACAGGUGAGGAGCUUGCUUGCAAAAAAAUCACAAAAAUAGAACACUUGCACCAAGAUGAGGUCGGGAUUCUCAAGCAGCUGUAUGGCCAUCCAAACAUAGUGAAGCUGGAAGCAGCAUUUAGCGAUGAAAAGGAGACUUACCUUGUCAUGGAGCUCUGCAGAGGAGGUAGCCUGUUCUCGAAUGGAAGCCUUUUGAGUGAGAUGGAAGCUGCUCAAUUGUGCAAGAACCUGAUGGAGGCCGUCAAGUUUUGCCACUCCAAUGGAAUAAUUCACAGGGAUAUCAGCCUCAAGAACAUCCUGCUGGGCGACAACUGCUUCAAACUAGCCGACUUCGGACUUGCAGCACACUUCCAGCCCGGAGAGUAUCUUUCGGAUCUCAUAGGAACUCUCUGCUACAUGGCCCCCGAAGUUUUCAAGCGGAGAUACAGCAAGGAAAUUGACAUCUGGAGCUCUGGCGUCGUUAUCUUCGCAAUUCUCAGUGGAAACUUCCCCUUCCAUGGCAACACCUUCAAAUCGACUAUACACGCGAUCGAAGCGGCCAGGAUUGAUUUCGACCCGGAGUAUUGGUCCAAUGCUUCACCUUCAGUAAAGGAUCUGAUUAGAGGAAUGCUCCACCAAGAUCCAAGGAAAAGGCUUACUCCAGAGCAGGUCCUCGAUCACGACUGGGUCGUACAUCACACCAGCGACGAAGCCAGGAGUUCGCUUGCAACGAUCAACACGCGAAGAUACUUCGGCUCCAAAUCAGAGAAGAACUCCUCAAGUUUUUCGUUGUCCCAGGUAGCCAGAGAUCUGAUAGUGUGCGCGAAACUUAUACUCGGGCUCAUUCCCAAUUGAAGGCGUUGUAUUAAGAUAAAUACUUUGUGAUCCACGGAAGAUCAAGGCAGUCUCUUAACGCGAAGGAAACGUCAUCACUAGCCAGGGACGGGCGUCAGCAUUGGAAAAUAUAAACACAGAGGGAA